GUGUCUGUUCUAGCCUUUGCGCGGCCCGGGCCCCUUCCUAACCAUUGAACUUUCUGAAGCUAUCCGACUGGAGGUGACGGGAGGUGGCGCCUCAACCGCAAACGCCGCGAAGCUAGUGUAAGGGGCUCCUCCUCCCAAGACAGACGGACCGGCCUUGAUUCCCGUCCCGUUCCGGGCGGGCACUAGGUUAGGUUGUGACAGGUCGCCCUUGGGUUUGGUUGGGCCCUUUCUUCUGAACUUCCAGUCGGGAAGCAAAAGGUUGAGCGGGAAUGGUGUUUUGGUUCUCUGCCCCCUCUCUCUUCGCUCCCAUUGCACCGCAAGGGGGCCAAUUGCGCGGGUUGGGCGUCCAUCUCACGCCGUCAUUUGAUCGGGAACUGCGUGCAGGGUCUUACUCUUUCCGGUCUUGCUCAGCUUGCCUGCUUCUGUUUCGACGCCUGUUUUGGGCUAAUCGGAUCUUGAAUCGUUCUCUGCUGACUGGCCCAUCCUUAUCCUUUCCUGGUCGGAAUUGUGAGAGUUUAUGGGCCCACACUAUUCCAGUAGCACAACACAACAGUCACCAAGCUACGUGGUCGCCUUCGGUGUUGCCUCCUCCACACAACCCCAUCUUGAAAAGCCAUGUGCAUGCAAUGCCACCAGCCGCCACAGUCAGUGGCGCAUCGGAUCCGGCAGAUCCAUGACGCUAGGCAGCUUUUUUGGGGGGGUGGGGCUUGCAGGUACCGCGCCAUAGGGCUGUGGGCUGUUAUCGUUCUAUCGUUCUA